AUGGCCGCCAUCAUCGACGCCGACGACGCGAUGGAGCCUACGCUCCAGUCCCUCCUCGACCAGCGCUCGUUGCGCUGGAUCUUCGUCGGUGGAAAGGGUGGUGUCGGAAAGACCACGACCUCUUGCUCCCUCGCCAUCCAGCUCGCCAAGCACCGCCGUUCCGUCCUCCUCAUCUCCACCGACCCGGCGCACAACCUGUCCGACGCCUUCAACCAGAAGUUCGGCAAGGAGGCCCGUCUGAUCGAUGGCUUCACCAACCUCAGCGCCAUGGAGAUCGACCCCAACGGCAGCAUGCAGGACCUCCUCGCUGGUCAGGGCGAGGACGUGGAUGCCAUGGGCGGCGGUCUGGGCGGUAUGAUGCAGGACCUCGCCUUUGCCAUUCCGGGUAUCGACGAGGCCAUGUCUUUCGCCGAAGUCCUCAAGCAAGUAAAGUCCAUGUCCUACGAAACAAUCAUCUUCGACACCGCGCCCACCGGCCACACCCUGCGCUUCCUCUCCUUCCCCUCCGUCCUCGAAAAGGCCCUCGCCAAGGUCUCCCAGCUCUCCUCCCAGUACGGGCCCCUCCUGAACGGCUUCCUCGGCCAGGGCGGCCAGCUCCCCAACGGCCAGAACCUGAACGAGAUGAUGGAGAAGCUCGAGACGCUGCGCGAGACCAUCUCCGAGGUCAACACCCAGUUCAAGGACGAGGCCCUCACGACCUUCGUCUGCGUCUGCAUCCCCGAGUUCCUGUCGCUGUACGAGACGGAGCGCAUGAUCCAGGAGCUGGCCAACUACGGCAUCGACACCCACAGCAUCGUCGUCAACCAGCUGCUCUUCCCCAAGAAGGGCAGCAACUGCGACCAGUGCAACGCCCGCCGGAAGAUGCAGAAGAAGUACCUCGAGCAGAUCGAGGAGCUGUACGACGAGUUCAACGUCGUCAAGAUGCCGCUGCUCGUCGAGGAGGUGCGCGGCAAGGAGAAGCUGGAGAAGUUCAGCGAGAUGCUGACGACGCCCUACGUCCCCCCUGAGAUGGACGCAUAA